AUGACUUGCUGGGAUAGUUCUCCAUCACAAGGGCUCCACGUGACGCUGUUUUACUUAGAAGCUAGAGGAGACAAGAGAAUACUUAUUAGAGCCAACACAAUUCAUCUCAUGCCUGGCCACAAACUACCAUUGACCGAGGAGACUACCUUAAAGAGUUCCUCAGCUGACAUUAUAACCAUCAGCAGGGUAAGAACAUCAACAGAUAUAGAACUCCUAGAAUCAAGUUUAAAAAAACUUAUUAGAGACCUUCGAGAAGUGAGACCAUCUCCAUAUUUUGGCAAGCAGGUCGGGUUUAGAUUGCUCUAG